AUAUGUAUUAUACAUGCAUGGCUGUGCUUAGUACCAGAUUCCAAAACACACAACUGAAACCCUAAAAUUAUUCUCUUCUACAACCUUGCCAUGAACCCAUUUAUAUCUUUACUUCUAUUCCUUCUACCAAUCAUCUCUCUAUUUAUCACAACCUCAGUUUCUGGUUCACCCAUGAAAAUCCCAAGGCUGAGUCCUACUGGAGGAACAUUUGUACAUGGAAAUUAUUUUGCAAAUGACCAACCAAAAGCUUUGUCUGCACUUGAUCAAAACGAUUUUGAAACAUUUUACUACACCCAAACACUUGACCAUUUCAACUUCAGGCCCGAUAGCUUCACUACUUUUCAACAAAGAUAUUUGAUCAACUCCAAGUACUGGGGAGGCUCCAAUGUUAGUGCACCAAUAUUGGUUUACUUGGGCGCAGAAGAAUCAAUUGACAACGAUCUUGCUAUUGUCGGCUUUCUCAGUGAAAACGCCUAUCAGUUCCAAGCUCUCCAGAUAUUUAUUGAGCACCGGUACUAUGGGAAAUCAAUCCCGUUCGGAUCAAGGGAAGAAGCAUUUGAAAAUGCAAGCACUAUUGGAUACUUCAAUUCAGCCCAGGCAAUAGCAGAUUAUGCAGAGAUCCUCAUACAUGUAAAGAAGCAACUUCACGCUGAAGAUUCUCCGGUGAUUGUUAUCGGUGGAUCAUACGGUGGAAUGCUUGCUUCAUGGUUUCGGCUCAAAUAUCCCCAUAUCGCAGUGGGAGCUCUAGCCUCGUCAGCUCCAAUUCUUUACUUCGAUAACAUUAUCCCACCAGAAAAGGGAUAUUAUUCCAUUGUGACCAAGGAUUUUCAAGAAGCGAGUGAGACUUGCUACCAAACAAUUAAGAGAUCAUGGUCUGAAAUUGAUGAAAUUGCCUCUAAGGAUGGAGGCCUCUCAAUUCUUAGCAAGAAGUUCCACACUUGCAGUUUGUUGAACAAUUCUUCUCAGCUGAAGGACUACUUGCAAUCAGUGUAUGCUCAAGCAGCUCAAUACGAUAGUCCACCAAGUUAUCCAGUUACUGUUGUCUGUGGAGGAAUUGAUGGAGCUUCUUCUGGAAAUGAUACUCUAAGCAAAAUAUUUGCAGGCCUUGUUGCAUACAGAGGAAACAGGUCGUGCUAUGUUAAUCAACCCAGAAACCUAUCUGAAACAGAUAUAGGGUGGCGAUGGCAGACGUGUAGUGACUUGGUGAUACCCAUAAGCAUCAGCAACGACACCAUGUUUCAACCUGACCUGUUCGAUCUGGAAGCCUACAUCAAAUCCUGCAAGGCAAAGUAUGGAGUCUCUCCUCGACCACGUUGGGUCACUACGUACUUCGGAGGCCAUGAUAUAAAACUAGCUCUCCAGAGGUUUGCUAGUAACAUCAUUUUCUCCAAUGGGCUAAGAGACCCAUACAGUAGUGGCGGGGUGUUGGAGGACAUAUCACGCACUGUUGUUGCCGUCCAGGCAAAGAAUGGAUCUCAUUGCUUGGACAUACUUCGUGCAAACCACACUACCGAUCCAGGCUGGUUGGUGGAGCAGCGAAAAACUGAAGUGCAUAUCAUCAAAGGAUGGUUGGCCGAGUACUAUGCUGACCUUCAGGCAUUCAAAUAAUGAAAAUUACCCCUUCAAACAAUAAGACCACGGAAAACAAAUUGAUUAGGGCAAAUCCCAGCUACAACUUUCUGUGAGUCCUGCAGGGAAAAAUCCAUUAAUUGCCAAAGACAAGGGCCACCCAUUGAUUAUUAGUUGCAUGUAAUAUUUGAACCUAUGUUUUCUUCUCCUUUGGAUGUAUCCCAUAUUCGUUAGAAUUUGAAAAGGGCAACCAUAGGGGUAUUUACAAACUUUAUAGCUACUAUCAAACGUAAUCCCUAAUUUUUCGUUA